AUGAAUACCCUAUUUGCAGACGUGCUGGCGGGAACGGAGGUGCGCAUCUACAUCGACGAUAUCGUGGUAGGAACUCGGGAUUUCAUCCGACAUGAGGAGUUGCUGCUGACCGUGCUGCGCCGAUUAGUGAAACACCGUUUCGCGUUAAGCUGGGGAAAGGUGGAAUUGUUCAAGCCCGAAGUUCGAUUCCUGGGAUGCAUAAUCGGAAAAGUUUUUAGGUCCGCACCUGCCAGGACUGAGCCUGGUGGCAAAACCACUAUUUGCGAAGAGCUCACCUACGCGGAAAUGGACGUGGGACUCGGACUCCCAGGAAGCUUUCGACGAGGUCAAGGGAAUCAUAGCCAAGGCAGUGAGUGGCAUUAA